UUGUAAAUCGUGUAGAGCAAAGGAGGCUUCUGUGGCGCCGGAGCAACAAUUUCGGUGAGCACAUGGACUUGAUGCAGGGAGGGUCGUCGAAGAUAAGGACGGCGGCCCGGCCUACACAUGAUGGAACACACAUUGCCGACGAUGCGGUACCAGGGCUAGAGAAGAGAUCCCAAGAAUGCCCGCCGCAGUACUGCAUUGCCACUAUCUUCAAAGACGCGUCGCUGGAUGUUGUUAGGGAUUUCUUCUGGGAUGAUGACUUCCGGGUCAAGAACACUUGGGACAAUAUCUGCAGCACGAGAUUGAACGACGGGUGCACAAAGACUGGAACAAUGGUUGUUUGCUGGGUCAGGAAGGUGAGGUAUCUGCGUGAUAUCCCUGGCAAUAUUUCUGGAAUGCAUUACAAACUAUAUAAGUUUUGCCGUCACUGCUUGCCUUGCCUGUGCAGUUUCCAUUCUUCUGCAACGACAGGGAGUAUGUUAUCGGUCGCAGGGUCUGGGCAUCGGGAAAGACGUACUACUGCGCUAAUAAGGUGUUUUAUGAAAUGUCCUCCGUCCGAAAAUACUUGUCAUCAAAAUGAAUAAAAGGAGAUCACAAUGUUGGACACGACCACCUAAGAAUUGAAUAUUUUUAGUUGGAAUACUAUUUUAAUGAUCAAUCACAAUGUUGGACGCGACCACCUACUUACUCCCGAGACUUUAAGUCUUUGGUGGCUUAAGCACAAUAUGCCCGGCAUAUGUUCUACAUCUGCGGCAUGUAAUGACCCUACUGGCAUUUCAAGAGGUCUGUAAAUACAACACUCUUCCAAAGUAUUUCCAAGUAAGUGUUCACCUCGUGAGAUUUAUUAAAUGUUUUAGAUAUCUCGCUUGUGAAUGCUCAUCGGUAGCUAAUAUCCUGAGUAUUUUGAUAACGGGUUUAGGUCUGGACGGUUAUUGAGCCUGCAUUGAUGAAAUAGUUGA